GUUCAGUUGCCAGUGGACCUUCGAGACUUACACAACAAUCUUCAUACCUACACACACAAAAAAGAGAGAGAGAACAAAAACAAAGAAAAAUAAUGGCCAACUUGUUGAUAUUCUUGGCUGCAUUGCUGGCAGUUCCUUCGUCAGGAAGCGUUCCAUCAUCUGCCAAGUACCGAAGAGGUCGGCAAUGGGUAGGCGAACUGGAAGAUCAGAGCGGCUGUAGCUUUCCCGUCUCCGUCGGGCAGAACGGCACGAUGAGCAAUUCGCCGGUUGAACGAGUUUCCUUGUGCAAUUUCACGAUCAGUGGGCCGCUUGUCGACAGUGUGUAUCCCUGGCGGAAAGGAUUAGCCUCACUGAGUAACUGGCUAGGUGGCCCGGCUACAGAUGCUUCCAAUUCUUCUGACGGGGGAUACGCAUAUUUUGAGACUUCCUUUCUUCCCGGACAACAUCAACAAUUACCCGGAGUUCAAGCCAAGGCGUGGCUCAAGAGUCCCGUUUAUCAACCUACCACGCCUAGCGGUCAUUGUCUCCAUUUUUCCUACAACGUUCAAGGUGUGAGCGCGUCCGGACUGAGGCUAUUGCGCGUCCAAAUGGUCCCUCUUGAAGGUCACAGCGCCGCACCCAAGAAUUCUCCAGCAGCCACGACGCUCAUCGCCAACAGUAUCCUCAUGCCGUCGUUGUCAUCGAAUACGCAACAUAAAAGACAAGCAGACGGAAAUUUGAUAUUCGCAGCGCCGUGGACACCUUUUCGAAAUAUCCUUGUCAAUCAGACAGGAUGGCAGGAAGUUGUGGAUGAGAUUUGGUUAUCUUCCGACUCGACUCGAGGUGAAUGGCUCAAGGGUCACGUAACUUACAGUUCUCCCUAUCCGCACGCCUUCAUUUUUGAGGCCGUACCUAAUUUGGCGUAUUCGCAAUAUCGCGGCCACGUUGCCAUUGAUGAUAUUCAGUUCGCCAGCGGUUCGUGCGAAGCUGAAUGUGAAUUUAAUGUGGACUUUUGCCAAUGGUCUAAUGACCCUGAUGGAGAUUUUGAUUGGUCGCUGAGUCGAGGUUCAUUGUGGACGAAUACGGGGCCUUUGCGUGAUCAGCUUUCAUCGCAACACAAUUUCAAUUUUGGAGGAUAUGCUUUUAUCGAUUCGCGACAGCCGCAUUUUGCUGGCAGCCGUGCCUCGUUGACGAGUAAUAUUUUACCUGCAACGGCUAAUCAAGAAUCAGAUAACGCCCUUUGUUUCGUCUUUUGGGUGCACAUGUUUGGCGCAGGCAUCGGGAGCUUGAGAGUUCUUCAAAAGUCGACAGACAAUACUUCCUCGGAACAAGAAAUAUGGCAACUUUCCGGCCAAUCUGGCCCUCGUGAUUCGUGGUACAGGGCUCAAGUUACCUUAGCUUCAUCAUCGCCUUUCAAAAUUCGAUUAGAGGCGACAGUUGGCGAAUCUGGAUAUGGUGAUAUUGCAAUCGAUUCGCUGCGCAUAGAAAACGGAUCAUGUCCUGGAUUACCCGAGUGGGCGGUGAAUAGAGGCCUUGACUGUACAUUCCAGAAUGGAUUGUGUGGGUGGGUAUUAACUAAUAGCAGACCUGGAAUCACAUCCAUGUGGACUCGAAAUAGCGCUGACAUCUUCUCAGGUCGCCCAGACGGUCAUACGCAGCAGAACGUACUAUCCCAUUUACCCAACAGCUACAUGUUGUUUGAUACUUACCUCAACGGACAUACGCCCGGAUCGCGCGGCUUUAUUUCGAGCCCUCUGCAACGUAGCACCGAACAUCAUUGCCUAUCGUUUUGGUUUUACAUGGCCAGCGCUACAGCUGUCCAUCCUCGCGUGGGCGCAUUUGAGGUGGUCUUGUAUGAACCAGUUACGUCUAACAAGAGCGCCAAUGAGACAAACAAUGCUGUCAAGCAUACGUCAGCGGUAUCGAGCACUUUGUGGCGCUUGGAGAAUCAUCAAGAGGAGAAGUGGCUCUCUGCUCAGGUGUCUUUCGUCCCCGCUUCCGGGGGAUACAUUAGCUUUGUCGGCAUAAGAGGUGAAGGAUUACGUGGGAUUAUUGCCAUAGACGAUGUUACGCUCUUCCGGGGCCGUUGUCAAAUUUUGCCAGCGGAUGCUGCUGUCAGCCCAUUAGAUUGCAGUUUCGAUCAAAACUUUUGUAAUUGGAGCGUUGAUACUGAGUCUGUCAUUGCGUCCAUCAGUACUGAAGCCAUUACAACAGAGAAGCAAGUGGAAGCUUCGGUAACAACGGAGAAGCAAGUGGAGGCUGCCGUCACAACAGAGAAACUAAUGGAAAUGACGACCACAACUGAAAAGCAAAUGGAAAUUGCGAUCACAACCGAGAAGCAAAUGGAAGCUUCAGCAACAACUGAUAAACCAACGGAAGUUUCCGUCACAACAGAAAUACCGCCAACUACGAAUGCCUCUUCUUUAGAUUCAAAGAUCAAUUCGACGCCUGAAAAUGACGAACAGCCCAUUGUAUUUCCGGUCGACGACGAGCAAGUCACCACAGAAGAUUCCAUUCCAACGACGACUGCUGAUGUCGUUCCCACAUCGACUGGCAUUGCUGAAUUGAUUGAAUUGAUUCCAGCCCAAUCGUCACCUGUCGCAACAGAAGCAAGACGCAAUUCUGUUCAGACUAUCGCAUCGAUAUUGGUCAGUGAAGUGUCUCCAGCAAUCGGAGCAUCAAAGGAAAUUGAAAGUUCCAGCAGUUCAUCUGUUUCGAUUCCAUCUUCGACGCCAUCUACCACAACAGUGGCGGCAACAACGAGCACGCAAGCAUCAACAACAACAGAUAGUGCAAAGAAAGCAUCUCCAACACCAUCAGCCAGCAGCCCGUCGAUAGUAAUCAAAGCAGCGUCUGAUAAUGUUAACAAAGAUAGCGCCGUGAGGGGAGUCUCUGGUCUCUACGAUGAGAUCACGUCCUUUGGCGGUAACACAAUCGAAGUGAUCAGUACAAGUCGCGAUGGAGCCACUAAAUCGAUCAUCAUCAGCCAACCGGUGCGCAAUCGGUUCCGACGCUCUGCUAAAUGGAUUGGUUACAAUCAUCGGCGCGAUUCUAGGAUCGUUAAUUACCGCAGAGCUCAAAGUUCUUCAGCCGAAGAAGGUGUCUGGAAACGUCCAAAACCCGUCCCGCUUUGGCUCCGGUCACGUCAGCCACCCGUUGAUGAUGAACAAAUCACUCCCGUAUCUGCACACCAAACGUUUACGUCACAGAGAACGUCACCGCCAAAAUUAUUUGCUUUUUCAAGCGUUCCAAGAUCUCCCGUCAAUGAGCCGCCUUCUCUCCCAUCUGGGAACGGCUCUCAAUCUCUCGUCAACGAAAACCCUCAAUGGCUAUUAUCGAGCUCUUCAGCAUCGCUUUAUGGCGUACGUGACCACACGCUCCAACUAGCAGACGGUGGCUACGUUUACGUGGAGGGUAAAGGGAAAUCGAGCGUGAGUCGGCUAUUUUCUCCAUCAUUCCCUGGCAACGCAACAUAUUGCCUGUCAUUUUUCUUCACCAUGGUUUACAAUAGCCCGAACUCAACUUUGACUGUUUAUCGGCUCAGCGAGGGUCCGUUGAACGAGUUGUGGAGGGUUACGGCAGCGGCAAUCGAUCGAUCCGGCGGCCGCAACAAAUCACCCUGGAUACCUGCCCGUGUCCCUAUCCCAGCCGUCGGAGAAGCCGAUCAAUCUAUCGUCAUUGAAGGAUCAACAGAUAGCGGCGGAAUCGGACUGGAUGACAUUCGCUUUAGACAAGUCCCAUGUUCAAUUCGGCCCUGAAGAGCUAAUCAACACGUGUUCCUAAUUUAUAUUUUGCAAAACUUUUUGUUAAUCUUCUUUGCAUGUUUUGCUUCGCUCUUGUUUGAAACUAUACAGAAAAGUACUAAAACAA